AUGGAUAUGAUACUUACGCAGAAUCAUUUCACAAUAACAAAUUACACCUUGAAAAAGCAUUGGAAGGAUUUAGAAAAACAGAAUACGUCUCAAGAUGAUCCCGAUAAUCCAAUAGGUGUACAAAAUAUUAUUCAAGCUGGUGAUGCGAUGCAAGAUUUUAAAGAUCUUGGUGACAAACAGGAAAUCGAUCUAUCUGAAAUGAUUUCAAAAUUGAAUGCGGAUCAAAGAAGAGUAUUUAAUAGAGUCACUGAUACUAUAUCAUCAGAUAAAGAAAUACUACGGUUAUACGUUAGCGGAGAAGGAGGUACUGGCAAAAGUUUCUUGAUUCAAACAAUUAAAUCUUGGAUAAAACAAAAUCUCAACAAAGAUACUGCUAUAACAGCACCUACUGGUAUGGCAGCAUUUAAUGUAAAUGGUUUGACAGCUCACAGAUUAUUCCAAUUACCCGUUGAACAUGGUCGUACUCCUAAAUAUAAACCAUUAGCUGAUCAUGUUUUAAAAAUUUUACGAACAGAUCUUAAAGAUGUUAGUCUCAUUGUAAUUGAUGAAGUGUCAAUGAUAUCUAAUAUAUUUUUUAUGUAUAUAAACUUACGACUAUGUGAAAUAUACAAUACUACUGAUUGUGAUGAUGGUUGGUUUGGUCGAAAGCACGUUCUUUUAUUUGGAGAUCUGCUUCAGUUACCUCCUGUACUUGAAGAUCCUGCUUUUAUACACUUGACAGAAGAAAAAGUUCGUAAAUAUCUUGGUUCUUUAAGUGCUACUAAUCUAUGGACUAAUUUAUUUGAUUAUGAUGAAUUGACGAUUAAUAUGCGUCAGCAAGGAGACGGAUCUUAUCGUGAGUUACUUUCGAGAAUUCGCGUUGGUUUAUUGAACGAAUUAUGUGAUUUCAUUAAUAAUUUCACAUCUAUCGUUUGUUUAUUACCUAACAAUCACAUGUGUGAUCAAUUAAAUGCUGCAAUGUUAAAUCGUAUUACUUCGAAAGAAAUAUUUUUAAUUGCUGAAGACACGAUUGAUUGUAUUUCAUAUAUGAAAAAAAAAGUAGAAAAGGUAUUGUCAAAUAAUGAUGACGAUGAUACUAAAACAGCUGGACUAUCAAGACGAAUUACAAUUAAAAUUGGAGCGAAAAUUAUGAUAAGACGUAAUAUUGAUGCUAGUUUGGGACUUGUAAAUGGUACAAUUGCUACAGUUGUAUCAGUUUCACAGGAUAAAACUACUGAUUACAUAGAAAAGAUAAAAGUUCGUUUACCGUCUGAUUUAGAGUAUUUCAUUGAAAGAGUGAGUGUCAAGUUUCCAGUGAUGGAUAGAGUAUAUGUUACUAGAAAACAAUUUCCAUUAUCUUUGAGUUAUGGUAUUACCAUUCAUAAAAGUCAAGGAUUGAGUUUGCAAAAUGCUGUUAUGGAUCUAGGUAACAAUGUAUUUAGUUGUGGUCAGGUUUAUGUUGCAUUAUCUCGAGUAACAUCUCUUGAUGGACUACAUUUAAUUAAUUUUGAUCCUUCGUCCGUGUUUGCUAGUGAAAUUGCAAUUAUAGAAUAUAAUCGAUUGAAAAGAAUAGAAAGGAAUUAUUAA